GAGAGAGAUGAGGGCUGGUCGGGCAGUCAGUAGCUCUCUCCUCCCGGGCACUCCACCACGACCACCUUCACCUCCACGGCCUGAGCGGUGUUGAAGUUUGUGGUUCCCUUGUUGAGAAGUGUCGUACGGGCCUGCAAGAUUAACAGCGCCGCCACCAUGGAGGAGGCGGAGCUGGGCUGCUGCGUGUGCCACGAGCGCUAUGACGAGAACCGCUGCCCCAAGAACCUGGGCUGUGGCCACGCCGUCUGCUCCCUCUGCGUCCAAGAGAUCAUCAACAGCGGCCGAAAGUGUCCCGAGUGCCGCCGCCCCUUCUACGCCACCACCGCCGCAGCGCUGCCCGUCAACUACCCGCUACUCAGGCUCUCCCGCGCCCUGGCCUCCGUCAACCUACAGCGGAGCCAACCCGAGACGACCCGCCCAUCCCCGAGUCCCAGCCGUACCUACAACGAUGCCGGGGAGUGUGCCGCCCACCUGGCCCGCCUGACGCAGCGCUGCAUGGCCUGCCGUGUGUGGGUGUGCCGCGAGUGCCUGCUGAUGGAGCACACGCUGCCGCCCGAGGGCCAGUGCCGGGUGCUGCCUGUGCGUCAGGCAAUCAACGAGAUGAAGAAGACCCACGUGGAAACUCUGGCAGCCACGGUGCUCUCGCUGCGGGAGCUGAAGAUGGCGGCGGCCACGCAGGGCAGCUGCCUGGAGGCCAACAGGCGGAUGCGCAACGCCGUGGCGGCCUGCUUGCAGGCGGCGGCCCGUGCCGAGAUGGACGCCAUCAAGGAGCUGGACACCAAGAAGAAGGAGGUGGAGGACAAGGUGGCCGAGAUCGACGCAUGGGUGCAGUGCCUCAGGGAGAAGGAGUCGGCCAUCCUGCAGGCCAGCACCGUGCGGGAGCUGGCCACGGCAGCGCUGGCGGCGCGGGAGGCGGUGACCAGGACGGAGGCGCGAGCGGGGCGGGAGCGGGAGAGGCAGGGGAGGUUUGUGGGCACCCAGCUUCGCCUCGGUUCCUUGGAUCUGAGGGGGUCGCUGCAGUUGGCCAAGAAUAUUUACGUGGCCCAUGAGGAUGAGGAGGGCCGACGGUGGGCGCGGCUCACGGUCCACGACUCCUCUCUGCACCUGCACGCCCUCCAGUCGUCAUCGCCGUCACCCUCCGCUGCAUUAUUCUCGUUCAGCAGCGUGAGAGCCCAGGUGCCGCGGGAGUCAGCCUCGGCCUUCCUGGAGCUGGAGUGGGAGGGGUCAAGUCAGGGCCGCGUCCACUUCUCCAUGAUGGGCGACACAGCGCGGGGCAGACAGUUCCUGCAACUGUGCUCGGGCGAGGCGGGGCCCUGCUACCGCAACACCUGCAUGUUCCAGGCGGAGCGCGUCGGCGGCAAAGGCGAGAUUAUCCGCGGCGGCGACUACGAGAACAAUGACGGCACGGGCGGCGCGGCGCUCGUGGAGGACGUGGGCACGGGCGGGGAGCACAUGCACGAGGCGGUCUCCGGCUUGCUGGUGGGCGCCCACUCCGAGCAGCGGCAACGCCUAGCCGUGUUCGGCGUCAUCCUCAGCCCCUGGCCAGAGCACAGGACAGACACUGCCUUCGGGAUGGUGACGCGCGGCCUUGCCACGCUGCGGGCCGCCGCCAGGCACAGCCCCGUCACGGAGGUGUUGGUGGCGGACUGUGGCCUGGUGCUGCCCCUCUGAGCCCCGGCAGGCAGGCGGGCGGGCAGGCAAGCAGGCACACACACACACACACACACACGCCUGACAAGGGGGAAAACGAGUUAUAACACUCUUAGAGUAAUAAAUAGCAUUCGUUUAUUAUCUUUAUAUCUGUUUAUUAUAUAAUAAAAUGAAUCUCGAUAUUCCUCCUCGCACGUGGGCGAUUUUGUUCGUGCUUUGUUUUAUGUUCUCUUGUUUGUCUUCGUUGUGCACGAAGAGAUUAAAAAUUGUCCACGACUU